UUCGUGGCAAUAUGAGCGGCAACAUGUUGUAGUCAGUAAGUCAGUCAGCGUUUGACAGUCACAGUAAGAAGAGGCUAUAUAAGAAACGUAGCCGAUAGCGCCGAGCAAUAGCACAGAUAUAUAAAACGCGCGCUGCAACAACAACAAGUAUAAGCGGAAAAAUAUAUAGAAUAACAACAACACGUUAGUGGUUUCAUUCAGCAAGAGAACCAAAGAAUUCAUAUAAAAGAAAUUAAAAAGAAUUAUUUUUUUGAAAUUUUGAAUUUUUGAAUGUGUUAAAUAGAAAUAUACUUUUGUGAACAACAUAUCGAUUUCAUAAACGCAAAAAUCAACGAUAAUUAACGCUUGAAGCUUGUAAUAUUUCCCAACACAAAAAUUAAUAUGGUGGUUUACCGUUAUUUUCAGUAAACAAGUGCAAUGUGACUGUUUAGAAACCCAAAGUUUCCUUAAAAAUUAAAAUUCCACUAAAAAGUGUUACAACAAAAUUUGUGCCCAACGUGCGAAACAACAAAUAUUCAAGGACCCAGUGCAUGCGUCCUCAGUGUCAGCGUGUUUGAAAACUGCAGUGCAAGAAGACAAGUACAUUCAAUAACAGUGCCUUUUAAAGUGUGUGAGUGUGUCUUAAGCCAAUUAGUGGCAUUUACCAAGAAAGACAACUAAAAAAGCAGCAAAUUAUAACAAAAAGGUUCGCGCAGCAAACGCAACGCAUAACAAGUACGUUUUAAACUGAAAAGAAAACACUAACAAACAACAAAUUACCCUAAGACCGACCUGUGUCAGCACGCGCACCAUUUCAACCCUGAUGGCAACAACAGCACCGGCCAGCGCCCCCCUUAUAUGCCACAGCAGCUCCGCGAACAGCAGCAGCAGCAGCAAGCCGAUUACCAUACCCUUGCUUGAACGCUUCUCCAGCCAACUAUCCACCGGUUCGGCCGACAGUGGCGUCGUUGUUGGUGGCGGCGGUAACUCUUCCAGCAGCAGCUCUGUGGCAUUAACUAGAAAAAAUCGUGCCGCCAACUGUUCAUUGGAUACGCGCUGCAAUUCGCUAUGUCUACACGGCACGAAUGUCAAAUGGCAGCUGCAGAAACUGAAGCAGCCGACCAAUAAACAGUUGCUCUCCCAGGAUAGUGGCAUCGAUGCCGUUGUCGAUGGUGGUAGUGGCGGCACAUUGGCCGUUGAUGGCGAUGCGGACUCAACAGCUGGAUCGCGGCAACAACUCAAGUCCAUGCAGUGUUCGUCCUCAAGUAGUGAAUCGCUGGGUGGCAAUUCAUCUGGACUGUCGCUCUCCAAGUACUCGGAAGAUGGAGGCGAGUCGGAGAACUCGUCGGGUAUUGGCAUGAGUAUAGGCAGUGGCCGACGCAUUAAGUAUCGCAAUAGCGCCAGCACCUGCACUCAGGGGUUGGAGGAUCGUAUCGAAGAGGUAGAUAUCCCGGACGAUUACGAUGAGGAGGACGACGACGACGUGGAUAAUGAUGACGUCGAUGUAGACGACGAGGACGACGAUGAAGUCGAUGUGGGCGUUGAUGAUGAUUUGGACGUGGAUGAGGAUGACGAAGACGUUGAAAGCGACAGCGAUUCGGGUAAUAACUCGGGUGUUGUGGGCGAAACAGGCAGCGCCUCCAUGCCCACAACGAUCGGCACACUGAACGGCUCGUUUGGCAAGAUUGUGCCAACGAAAGCGGCGCUUGGCAUGAAAGAAACGCCGGCGGCCACCAAUCAAUUGCACAUCAAAUCGUCGCUACUCGCGCCGCAGUGCGCCUCAGCGCCGGUAGGCAGUGUUACUUACACAACGUCCCACCACAAAGCCAAUGAAACAAAUAAACCAACCACUAGCAGUAGUAAUCAUAAUAAUCUAAACAAUAAUCGUAGUAGUAGCACUAGAGACCAUAGUAGUAGUAGUAGUAAUCCGCAAGCAGCCACUAAGUCCACCAAAAAUCCCGAAUCACAAGUAUUGGCCACUGAUGGCAAUUAUUAUUUUCCGCUGCUGAAAAUCUCCGACGAUCCGUACAUUGAUUCGAAAUUGAUUAACAAAAAGGAUGGCCUACAGGACACCAUGUACUAUCUGGACGAAUUUGGCAGUCCGAAAUUGCGCGAGAAAUUCGCACGCAAACAAAAGGAGAAGGAACAGAAGCAACAGAAGGCGCAAAAGAAGCAAAGCAAACGCGAAGAGGAGCGUAAGAAGCGUACAACCAUGGCGCCGAAUGCCAACGCCACUGCUGCAUUCACGACUGACAAACAACAAACCGCCGCUAUUGGCGGUGCGACAAUGGAGUCCAAAAAACCAAGCAACGUCAUAGACGUUGCGAAAAACUGUGAUGAUAGCUGUAAGGAGCAUAUGCAAAGUAGUAGUUGUAAGCACAAAUGCGACGCCGCCGUAGCUGGUAGUGAGAAGAAGACCGCCAAUGAGGCGGAUAACCGCAUAACAGCGAGCAACAAGUCGCUGUCGGCCGCAUCCUGUGUGAGCUGGAACAAAGUAUUUCGCAAAUUCAAAACUGUCUUAGGCAGAGAUGGUUCCAAGAUUACAACAGUCGUUGCCACACCUGGCCAAGGUACUGACCGUGUGCAAGAAGUUUCCUACACAGAUACCAAGGUGAUCGGCAAUGGCAGCUUUGGUGUGGUCUUUCAAGCGAAGUUAUGCGAUACCGGCGAGCUGGUAGCUAUCAAGAAAGUUUUACAAGACAGACGAUUUAAGAAUCGUGAAUUGCAAAUUAUGCGUAAACUGGAGCAUUGUAACAUUGUAAAACUUUUGUAUUUUUUCUAUUCGAGUGGUGAAAAGCGUGAUGAGGUAUUUUUGAAUUUAGUUCUCGAAUAUAUACCAGAAACCGUAUACAAAGUGGCACGUCAAUAUGCCAAAACUAAGCAAACGAUACCAAUUAAUUUUAUACGGCUCUAUAUGUAUCAGCUAUUCAGAAGUUUGGCCUACAUCCACUCAUUGGGUAUCUGUCAUCGUGAUAUCAAACCGCAAAAUUUACUUUUGGAUCCAGAGACGGCUGUGCUGAAAUUAUGCGAUUUUGGCAGCGCCAAGCAACUAUUACACGGCGAACCGAAUGUAUCAUAUAUUUGCUCGCGGUAUUAUCGUGCACCGGAAUUAAUAUUUGGCGCCAUUAAUUACACUACAAAAAUUGAUGUGUGGAGCGCCGGCUGUGUAUUAGCUGAAUUACUACUCGGCCAACCAAUUUUCCCCGGCGAUUCUGGUGUUGAUCAAUUGGUUGAGGUCAUCAAAGUUUUGGGCACACCGACACGAGAACAAAUACGCGAAAUGAAUCCAAAUUACACGGAAUUCAAAUUUCCACAAAUUAAGAGUCAUCCAUGGCAGAAAGUUUUCCGUAUACGCACUCCGACAGAAGCUAUCAAUUUGGUAUCACAACUGCUCGAGUACACGCCCAGUGCACGUAUAACGCCACUAAAGGCGUGCGCACAUCCAUUCUUCGAUGAACUGCGUCAAGAGGGCAACACCACAUUGCCCAAUGGACGGCCUAUGCCGCCAUUAUUCAAUUUCACAGAGCAUGAACUAGCGAUACAGCCAAGCUUAAUCCCACAAUUGUUGCCAAAACAUCUGCAAAAUAACAGCGCAGGUCGACCGGUCGCCGGUGCUGGUGGCGAAGGUGCUUCUGGCUCCGCAUCAAAUCCGUCAAGUGGCGCCGGUACGCCAGGCGGCGCAACUUCCCAAGCAACUUCAGGCACACAAUCGAGCGCAUCGGCUACGACCAGCAGUGGCGGCGGCGGCAACGCAACUGUGGCCAAUCCAUCGUCCAGCGCCUCAGCUGCUGCGGCAAGCAGCGGUGCGCCUACAGCGGCACAAGCAGCGCAAUCGAGCGGCGGCGAUGCGGCCAACAACAGCAGCAAUGGUGGCAACCAACAGCAAGCGUCUGCUGGCGGUGCGUCAGCUGCCGGUGCGGGCGAUGCCACAUCGAUUUCAAGCGGCGGCGGCGGUGGCGGCAAUGGUAAUGGCGGUGGCAGUGGCGGCAGCAAUAAUAGCGGCGGCGGCGGCGGCAAUGGCACACAACCGCAACAGACAGCGACGACAAUGGGUUAGCGAGCUGCAAACGAAGUGAAUGGAGGGCCUAUUAAUUCUAAUAAGAAUAAUUAAAUUUAAAUAAUAAAAAAUAUAUAUAAAAGCUAAAAUAAAAAGAGAAACAUUUAAAAAUAAAAUAAAUAAUGCUAAAAAUAUAUAUACAUACAUAGAGAAAAAAAAAACAAACAAAUAGUAUGAGUACAGAAAGCAAAAACAGAAAGUAUAGAAUGGAAAACCUUAAAAAAAAACAAAAAAAAAAAAUAAAAUAAAAUUAAUUAUAUCUUAUAUAAUAAUACAUAAUUAUUAAAAAGAAUAAUUAAAAAUUAAAAAAUAACAACAAACAAAGAAAAUAGGAAACACAGCAAAGCAAAGUGUGAAUUUGAUUUUCAAUGUUACGAUUACUUUAAUUCUUAGCAGAAAAGCAUAGUUAGCAAGCAGUACGUACAGUGCAGUGCAGGCAGUUAGUAGACGUAUAGCGGCGCAUAUAAAACCGUAAACGUUAAGAGAGGAGUAUAAGCAAAACAGCAGAACACUAAACAAUUUAAUAUUAAUAUGCAACUAAAAAAAAAUCAUAUGAAAGUAACAAAAGCAAAAAAUAUAAUAACAUUUAAAUGAAAAUACUAUAUAUAAUUGAUUAUUAAAAAAAAAAUUAAAAACAUUAAUAAGAAAAAAAAAUUAGUUUAAAUAAUAAUAAUAUGAUAAAUGAAAGGUCACACAUUUGAGUUGUAUAGCUAUUGACUAAAAAUGUCGCCGAUGUUGAUUGAGAAUGCAUAGUGGGCUGGUUAAGGCGCAGAUAUAAAUAAAUAAGUAGCGCAUAGUUCAAGAAUACAAACAGUUUCGGUAUAUGUGUGACACAUAGUACAUAGUAAAACAGCAGCAAGCAUUAGCAGUUAGUGGUAAAAGGAAAUGUAAUCAAAAAAUAAUAAUUUAACAAAAAAAUAUUAAUAAAUAAUUUAAAAAUCACACAAAAAACUGUAAGUUGGUAGAAAGAGUGUAGGAAAAGGAAGAAAAAAGUAAAAUCUAGACACGAUUUUGUCGCACUUUGCACUACUGUAAGCAAACAAAAAUAUAAAAAAAAAACUGUAACUGUAUAACUGAAAGCAGAUUUAACUAUAAAAAAAACUUUAUUAGCUAAAAUCAACAGAAAACCAUUUACAAAGAUAAUUAAAUUAAAACACACAUAAGAAAAAAGAGCAAAACAAAAACUAACAUAACACUUAAGUAAAAGCAGCAGAAAAAAAAAAACAAACAAAAAAUGCAAUCAAUCAAAUGCGCUUCAAAGAAAAGAAAAAAAAACCAGCAUGUUUGGCAACGCUAUGCAAUGACAACAAGAAACACAGAAAAAGCUAAACAAA